AUGCGUGCAGGUCAGGAGCAGGAUGGUUUGCGUGAAGUGACUUUCUCUACCCAGAGGCUGCGCGUGCUGCCUCCAGCAGUCCUGAGCAACCCCGCAGUGGAGAGCCUUGACCUUGACAGGAACAAGCUCAGGAGCAUCACUGGCAUUUCUAAGCUUUACAACCUGAAGAAGCUGAUACUGUCCAAGAACGAGAUUGUGGACUUUCCCAGCGAAAUCCAGAGCCUGGUCUGUUUAGAGAAGCUUGAGCUGAAUCAGAACCAAAUCCGGGUCAUCCCGGAGGGGGUUUUCUCCCAUCUCCCCUGCCUUAAACACUUGCGGCUGAACAACAACCGUCUUGGUGCCCUUCCCAGGGACCUGGCAGCUUGUCGAGGCAGCCUUCAGUACCUCAACAUUUCCAACAACCUGUUCCGGACCUUCCCCCAGCCUGUCCUGCAGCUGGCACACUUACAGGAGCUCCAUGUGCAGAAUAAUGCCCUUCGCCAGCUCCCCAAGGAGCUCUUCCAGGGGCAAUCCCUGAAAAUGUUCAAGGCCAAUGGGAACCCCCUCCGGGAGCCACCCAGUGAAGUGUGCGCUGGUGGCAUCCAGCAGAUCCAGAAUUACUUCAACCAGCUUCAACACGGUUUGGGGCAGGAGGACAAGAGGGUCAAGACAAUGUUCCUGGGGGCCUCGCUGGCGGGGAAGUCCACCAUCUGCAAAAGCCUGAAGCAAGGGCAAACCAAACUGGUGCCCAAGGAAGAGCGAACAGUUGGGAUAGAGAUCAGCGAGUUCCAGAUUGAGGACUUCACUUUUCUCUUCUGGGACUUUGCCGGCCAGCUGGAGUACUACAUGACUCAUCACGUGUUCAUCACCCCACAGGCGCUUGUCAUCCUUGUCAUCAAUCUCCACAUGUAA